AUUAUUGAUAAGAAGAAACAAAACUCUCUCUCUUUCUCUCUCUGUGUUGUAAGCUAAAAAUUCCCCAUUUCGAUUCGUUUUAUCUUUCUUUACCGAGAAAAAUGGCUUCCUUUGAUGCGUACGGAAUGGAAGGAGAAGAGGUUCAUGCAGCAGCAGCUCCAAAUAACCAUCCUUUCGAAGUAGACGACGAGAGCUACUCCAAUUACGGCUCUUACUCCAACUUUACCGACAACCAGCAGUUUCCAGCGGACGGUGGUGACGUGGCGGUGGAUCAAUUGGCUUCUUCACCCGAGAUCUUUGACUUCGGAUCCUCCGAUCCGUCCCCUGCUUACUCGCAAUCUCCUUUCGGUGAUACGAUUCAUGUGGAAAAUGGAAACGUAAACGGAAUGAACGGAUUCGUUAGUGGAAACGAUGACGUUUUUGCUUCUGAUGGACCGGUGCUUCCUCCUCCUACUGAGAUGGCUCCCGAGGAAGGAUUCCUUCUUCGUGAAUGGCGUCGUCAAAAUGCCCUUGUGCUUGAAGAGAAGGAGAAGAAGGAAAAGGAGUUGCGGAACCAGAUUAUCGAAGAAGCUGAGGAGUAUAAGCGAGCAUUCUAUGAGAAGCGGGAGAAAACCAUUGAGACCAACAAGACUAAUAACAGAGAAAGAGAGAAGCUGUAUGUGGCUAACCAAGAUAAGUUCCAUAAGAUUGCGGAUAAACAGUACUGGACCGCGAUAGCAGAACUCAUUCCUCGUGAGGUCCCUAAUAUCGAGAAAAGAGGAAAGAAGGACGCAGACAAGAAGCCAUCAGUUACUGUCAUUCAGGGACCGAAGCCCGGAAAGCCAACCGAUCUUUCGAGAUUGCGGAACAUUCUUGUGAAGCUGAAGCAUUCCCCCCCACCUCACAUGAUUCCGCCCCCACCCGCACCAGAGAAGGAUGCUAAAGUUGGAAAAGAUGCGAAAAACGCAAACAGUACUUCAUCAAACAGGGCAGCAUCUGCAGAAAAAGGAGCAACUGUUUCAUCUACAAAAGACGCCACCACUGCGACCAUUGCAAGUAGUUCCUUUCCCGAACAAGAUGCUACUGCUGCUCCCGCCGCAGCCAAGGAUGCUACUGCUGCUACCGCCGCUGCCAAGGAUGCUACUGCUGCUACCGCCGCUGCCAAGGACGAAACUGUCGCGGAACCAGAGGCAACAUCUACAGCUUAAUUGCUUGCGGGGCACAUUUACCAUGGUUGUUUUCCUGCCCCCGUUGUUUUUUGUUUUCCUCGAGGAUUGAUCUCUUACUGUAGUUCAUAUUACCAUUUGAUAUUUUGCUUGAAAAGAUUACGUACCAUUAAUCAAACUCAACCCUUUUCUUAAGUAGUUCGUUUUGGACAUUUAAUGAGAUUGGAUUUCCUUACUAAUUUGACUCUGAACUUAUUAUGUUGCUAGCGCAAUGUCACAAUUGUUU